AUGAAAUUAACCACUCUGAUCGGCCUCAUCGCCAAUGGGGUGAUUGCCCUUGAUUUCCAGUCCAAUCUUCAGUCAGCUCUCCAAUCGGUACUCAAACAUGAAGUAUCGCGCAAACCAAAUAUCCUCUUCGUCAUCACCGACGAUCAAGAUCUGCAACUGGAUUCCAUCUCUUACACCCCCCUGAUCUCAAAACACAUUCGCGACCAGGGUACCUUUUUCCGGAAUCAUUUUGUCACCACGGCCCUAUGUUGUCCAUCGCGCGUCAGCCUAUGGACCGGUCGCCAAGCACAUAACACGAAUGUAACAGAUGUCAGUCCGCCCUACGGUGGAUAUCCCAAAUUUGUCGAGCGCGGGUUCAAUGAUGAUUUCCUCCCGCUGUGGCUCCAAGAUGCAGGCUACGAUACAUAUUACACUGGCAAAAUGUUCAAUGCCCAUACCGUGAACAACUAUCACAGCCCCCACAUCAAUGGAUUUAACGGAUCGGAUUUCCUUCUCGAUCCGUAUACUUAUUCCUACCUCAAUUCGACUUACCAGCGGAACCAUGAACCGCCGGUCAGCCAUGAAGGUGAACACACCAUCGAUGUGAUCACGGGAAAAGCUCUGGGGUUCCUGGACGAUGCAUUGGCGGGGGAAAGACCGUUCUUUUUGGCUGUGUCGCCCGUCGCACCGCACUCGAAUAUCGAUCUGGGGGAUGUGGCUGCAGGCAAGAUUUACAUGUCUGCUCCCAUUCCCCUCGAACGACACGAACAUUUGUUCCAGGAUGUCACGGUGCCUCGCACGGCCAACUUCAAUCCGGACCAGCCCAGUGGAGUCAGCUGGAUUCACGAUCUACCCCUGCAGAAUCAGUCAGUGGUCGAUUAUAACGAUCACUUUUAUCGGUCGCGUCUGCGCGCUUUGCAGGGUGUGGAUGAAUUGGUAGACGGGCUUGUCACUCGGCUGGAGGAGAGUGGGCAGCUGGACAAUACGUAUAUCAUCUAUACCUCAGAUAAUGGAUUCCAUAUUGGCCAGCACCGACUCCCGCCCGGGAAGACUUGCGGGUUUGAGGAAGAUAUUCGCGUUCCCUUGUUUAUUCGGGGACCUGGUGUUGCCAAGGGAUAUGUGCAGGAUGCUGUGACCACUCAUGUGGACUUGGCGCCGACCUUUUUCCAUCUUGCGGGGAUCCCGGCCAGGGACGAUUUUGAUGGCACUGCGAUUCCGGUGACGCCUGAGUUUGACGGUCAGCGGCAUGAACAUGUUACAGUGGAAUACUGGGGUUCUGCCGUUGUGGAAGGUGUUUAUAGCGGGAUUGGCCCUGGAGGAUCAACCUUCAUCCCGAACAACACCUACAAAUCCGUCCGCUUACUGGGAGAGGGCUACAGUUUGUACUACUCGGUUUGGUGCAACAACGAACAUGAGCUGUACGAUCUGUCGACCGAUCCGUACCAGCUGAAUAACCUAUACCCGACAAGCUCUCAAGCUGAUGCUGAUCAGCCUCAAAUUCUCGGUCGCAGCUUGACACAGGCUAUCAAUCGACUCGACGCUAUUUUGCUGGUCCUGAAGUCUUGCCAGGGUGUAACUUGCAUCCGGCCCUGGGAUGUGCUCCAACCGGUGGACCCAGUUAGUACUCUCCAGGAUGCUCUCAAUGAGGAGUAUGAUGGGUUCUAUGGUGCACAGCCUCGGGUUUCCUUUGAUUGGUGUGAUGCGGGAUAUAUCGUUGAAGCUGAAGGUCCCCAGGUGCCGCUGACUAGUCGACACGGCGUGUCUUGGGACGUAUGGGUGUAG